UAUCUAUCGCUCAAAUAAAAAAGUGAAUAAAUAAUAGUAGGUAGGUACCUACCUGCUUAAAAUUAAAAAAAAACAUUAAGUGCUGGCAUUAUUACGUUUUAUUAUUACGUUCGCAGUGUUAUUAUCAUCGGUCGAGUGUGUAAUAAAUUUGAUGCGUGUAAAGCAUUUGGACCGUAAAGGAAACCUUGAUAGAUAUCUAGCUAUUUAUUUGAAUUUUUGUCGCGAUUUCGGAGUACGUUUAAUUUAAUCAGCUAAAAUGAAGUAACAAGAUGAGUGUGGCCGUCGAUAUAAACCAGGCCGCCCAGGAAACUGGGCCUAGUCCGCCUCCGAGUGCAAAUAAAAGAAUUCCACCUGUAAACAGACCCGUGCCUAAGAAGACUUUAGAGUCCAGGUUGUGGGAUUUAUUGCAGCCCAUUGCCAGAUUAUGGGGACUCAUAACGGCUAUAGUGAUGAGUGGUGCAGGUGCUCAACUUAUGGUUUUGGACUACGAAGUUGCUCCCGGUUUGAUUGUGGGUGCGGUACUAAUCUUCUUGCUGGAGACGAUGUGGGUGGUCGCACUGUUCGUGGACCUGCUGUGCCGGCGCGGCGAGUAUUCCAUGAAGCUGCGUUGCUGGGACUUCAUGAGGUGGUCGUGCGGUCGAGCCCGGGCGCCGUUCUACGCCUGUGUGGCUACAGCGAUACUGUUCGCUAACCUUACCAUUCUGGCUACAGUGUCAGGUGGAAUGUUGCUUGUACUGGCAGCGUUGCGAGCAACUGUGCCAUUCUCUCCAUAUGCGACUCACGGCCCGCAUUCGCCUCGCGCGGGCAGCACGUUGCUAAGUCAGCACGACUCCAAUAUACCUGACGUGUACUUCAAUGCGGCGCAAUCUGCUGACGAUAGAUGCGAAGAAAUGACUGUACUUGGCGUGAAGACUCCUGAAAGAUCUCGCUCCGUGACGCCAAAACCUCGCCUUCUAGAUCUUUGACCUGUUUAAGCGACCAUAAGGAAAGUGGUUUUGGCAAAAAUGUGAGA